AAAAAUUUCAAAAAAUUUAAAAACCGUUUAAAAUGGUAAAAACGAGACGACCGAAAAGAUCGAGGAGGGACGCCAUGUAUGGUGCACUUAAUAUCGAAGAAGAUCCCGAACUUCACGCCCUUAUACUGAAUAUUUUUCGAAUACUGGAUGCCAUGCCCGAAGCAGGUUGAUGGGAGUCCUUGUUAAGAAAAGCUUCGCACAGGAGUUACAUUAAUUGUGUGAAUCGAGUGAAUUAAAUUUUGUUGGUCAAA